AUGACAAACCGCACCUCUAAGGUUGAAAAGGCUGAUUGUUUGGGUCAACAGAGGGAACCUGCUCAGCUGACUCAGCCCCCGAGGCUCCACCAUUCCCUCUGCCUGCACCUGCACCUACACCUACAGGGACACUCACUUCCGCAUUCGGAUCCAUCACGUCGAAUUUCGAUACACGUGGCCUCCUCUCAUACCUCUCAUAACUCCUGCUCCGACUUCUCGGGCUCCGGCUCCUGCUUCUGCUUCGUGACCAGCUCCUGCUCCUGCUUCUGCUUCGUGACCAGCUCCUGCUCCUGCUUCGGCUCCGGCUAUAGCCACCCCACGUUCUCACUCUCUCAGGGCUUGAGCUCUUCUGCCCCUACUCCUAUCCCGACCGUCAAACCGACCCCUGCCCUGUCCCCUGCCCCGGCCCCGCGUGUCCAAACUGUUGAACCGCUCGUGCGGGCCCACACGACCUCCCCUCUCCCAACCACCACGGCCGCCGCCAAAGCCACUGUCCCUUCCGCCCCUACGGCCGCCAGAAUCCCAGCGGCCACCACGUCCAUGGCCACCGUCAGCAGAGGAGUCGUAACGGUUCACGGGGCCACGGUCCCGAGAGAAGGUGGGCCCACCGCACAUGGCUAUGUCCCUUACCUCGGGAGGCACGGCUUGAUUGGCGCCCUCGAGGAGCUUGACGAGAUCGGGAGCGUGCUUCCAGUCCUGCUCAGAGAAGAACGUGUGAGCGAUCCCAGUGGCGCCAGCUCGCCCGGUUCUCCCGAUGCGAUGGACGUAGUCCUCGAUCCCGGUGGGGAAAUCGCCCCGAGCAGCAACGUCGGUGGCAACCAGGACAGGGGACUUCCCACUCCGAAACUGAUUCAGAACCCAGUCUCUCUCACCCUGAGAUUUGUCUCCGUGAAUUGCAGCGGCCCCAUAGUUACGCCCAAGAUUGCGAGCAAGAUGGUCACACAACUUCUUGGUGGAACAAAAUAUAAUGAUUUUCGAACCACGCUCUUGAGAUCUCAGAAUUUGUUCCAGGCGUCUCUGCUUGUCAAACACAGGAACUACUUCUACGUACUGCAGAGGAGGGCCGCUCAUUUCAAGUUCAUCAACACUGCCAAUGUUGACCUGGACCGCAUUGAUCAGAAGAUCACUUGCUAUUUUGCAGACUUCUUUGGGCCACGUUGCAGUGUACAUAAGAGUUUGCCUUCUUGGAGGAAUUUCAUUGACAAUCUUACGUAUUUGAGGCUCAAACCCCAUGUCCAGCAUUCUAUCAGCUUCAUCAAGAACAAGAAAUGA